AUGCCCAUGAAUGGAUUCUACACUCCUUCCGGUCAUGUUUGUUACCUCAUCAACAACUAUUCCAGUCAACAGAACGAUAAUCCAUUACUCCAGCAAAUGGUGCCAGCAGCAUAUUCUCAACCACUAAAUAUGAUUGCUGAAUUAAACAACAAGAACAAUCAUGUUAAUUACAAUUCUCCAGCGCCGUGUCCUCGUGGCUCUACAGAUGACAGCAGAUCUAACAUUUUCUCAACGCUCCUCAGUUUACCUGGCACUGUUGCCAACUCUCUGCUGAACGGAGAAAUUACUGUUUGA